GCGAACCGAGCGCUCCAGAGCGCACGCGUGCUGCUGCGCUAAUAUGUCGCAGUGGCGGCCGGCCACGUUGGCGGACGAACACGGCGGGCCUCUGAUGAGCGGCCAUCCUCUCUCCCUUCCUCGCCCGCCGCCGUGCCGGCUCUGAGCCCGCGGUGUGGAGGAAAAAAACAGCAAAACGCGAAACAGGCUGUGGUUGGGCCGCUCCUGACUAGGUCUCCCUUCGGGAAAAAAAGAAAAGAAAGGGGAGGUCGUCCCAUUUGAGGCGAGGGACUACUUUGCGAAGGGGAGGAAAAGAAGAUCCGGCGGCACCCCGCCCAACCUCCGCUCUGCCUCCGCCGCCGCCAUUUCGGGAGUCGCCGCCUGACGCGAGCCUGCGAGCGAGGAAGCGGGGCGGUCCGUGUUAGUCUCACCCGAGCCAUGGCGGCCUCUGUGGGGAACGUAGCCGACAGCACAGAACCAACGAAACGUAUGCUUUCCUUCCAAGGGCUAGCGGAGUUGGCUCACCGGGAGUAUCAAGCAGGAGACUUCGAAGCAGCUGAGAGACACUGCAUGCAGCUUUGGCGACAAGAGCCUGACAACACUGGUGUUCUGUUGUUGCUCUCAUCCAUUCACUUCCAGUGUCGCAGGCUGGACAGGUCUGCUCACUUCAGCACUUUGGCAAUCAAGCAGAAUCCACUGCUGGCAGAAGCCUACUCUAAUCUGGGGAAUGUGUACAAGGAACGCGGGCAACUGCAGGAGGCAAUUGAGCACUACCGGCAUGCCCUGCGCCUCAAGCCAGACUUUAUUGAUGGAUAUAUUAAUCUGGCAGCUGCUUUAGUAGCUGCAGGUGACAUGGAAGGGGCAGUGCAGGCAUAUGUAUCUGCCCUGCAGUACAAUCCUGACUUGUACUGUGUUCGUAGUGACCUGGGGAACCUGCUCAAAGCCCUGGGUCGCUUGGAAGAAGCCAAGGCCUGUUAUUUGAAGGCAAUUGAGACUCAACCAAAUUUUGCAGUAGCAUGGAGUAAUCUGGGCUGCGUGUUCAAUGCUCAAGGGGAAAUAUGGCUUGCCAUUCAUCACUUUGAAAAGGCAGUGACUCUUGACCCAAAUUUCCUGGAUGCUUAUAUCAACCUGGGAAAUGUCUUGAAGGAAGCACGUAUAUUUGACAGAGCUGUAGCAGCCUAUCUCCGGGCCCUGAGUUUGAGUCCAAACCACGCGGUUGUUCAUGGCAACCUGGCCUGUGUGUACUACGAACAGGGGCUGAUUGACUUGGCAAUCGAUACCUACAAGCGUGCCAUUGAACUGCAGCCACACUUCCCUGAUGCUUAUUGCAACCUGGCCAAUGCGCUGAAAGAGAAAGGCAGUGUUGCUGAAGCAGAGGAAUGUUACAACACGGCUCUUCGUCUGUGUCCCACUCACGCGGAUUCUCUCAAUAAUCUGGCAAACAUUAAGCGGGAGCAAGGAAACAUUGAAGAAGCUGUUCGCCUGUACCGUAAAGCUCUUGAGGUUUUCCCUGAGUUUGCAGCUGCCCAUUCUAAUUUAGCAAGUGUUCUGCAACAGCAAGGGAAGCUGCAGGAGGCACUCAUGCAUUACAAGGAGGCUAUUAGAAUCAGUCCUACAUUUGCAGAUGCCUAUUCCAACAUGGGGAACACAUUAAAGGAGAUGCAGGAUGUUCAGGGAGCUUUACAGUGUUACACCCGGGCUAUCCAAAUAAAUCCUGCCUUUGCUGAUGCCCACAGUAAUCUGGCUUCCAUCCAUAAAGAUUCAGGAAAUAUACCAGAGGCAAUUGCUUCAUAUCGCACUGCCCUGAAACUGAAACCUGACUUUCCUGAUGCCUAUUGCAACUUGGCACACUGCUUGCAGAUUGUCUGUGACUGGACUGAUUAUGAUGAAAGAAUGAAGAAGCUGGUCAGCAUAGUUGCCGACCAGUUGGAGAAGAACAGGCUUCCUUCUGUCCACCCUCACCACAGCAUGCUGUAUCCACUGUCUCAUGGUUUCCGGAAAGCUAUUGCAGAGAGACAUGGAAACCUGUGCUUGGACAAGAUCAAUGUUCUUCAUAAGCCGCCAUACGAGCAUCCCAAGGACUUGAAGGCCAGUGAAGGUCGGCUUCGUGUGGGCUAUGUGAGCUCUGAUUUCGGGAACCAUCCCACCUCCCAUCUCAUGCAGUCUAUUCCAGGCAUGCACAACUCUGACAAAUUUGAGGUGUUUUGUUACGCUCUCAGCCCCGAUGAUGGUACAAACUUCCGGGUAAAAGUGAUGGCUGAAGCAAAUCACUUCAUUGAUUUAUCUCAGGUCCCAUGCAAUGGAAAAGCAGCUGACCGCAUCCACCAGGAUGGCAUACACAUCCUCAUCAACAUGAACGGCUACACCAAAGGAGCCCGCAAUGAGCUGUUUGCCCUCAGACCAGCCCCAAUACAGGCUAUGUGGCUGGGCUACCCUGGCACCAGUGGGGCUUUAUUCAUGGAUUAUAUAAUCACAGACAAAGAAACGUCCCCUGUUGAAGUGGCUGAACAGUAUUCAGAAAAACUGGCUUAUAUGCCAAAUACAUUUUUCAUUGGAGAUCAUGCCAACAUGUUCCCACACCUGAAGAAAAAAGCAGUCAUUGAUUUCAAAUCCAAUGGGCAUAUUUAUGACAACAGAAUUGUGUUAAACGGCAUUGAUUUGAAGGCAUUUCUUGACAGCCUGCCUGAUGUGAAAAUAGUUAAGAUGAAAUGUCCUGAUGGGGACAAUGCCGACAUCAGUGCCGGCCUCAGCAUGCCUGUCAUUCCUAUGAAUACAAUCGCAGAGGCUGUGAUUGACAUGAUAAAUCGUGGACAAAUUCAGAUAACAAUCAAUGGAUUCAAUAUCAGCAAUGGGCUCGCAACUACCCAGAUCAACAACAAAGCAGCAACUGGGGAGGAGGUUCCGCGCACCAUCAUUGUCACCACCCGCUCUCAGUAUGGAUUGCCAGAAGAUUCUGUGGUGUACUGUAACUUCAAUCAGCUUUAUAAGAUUGACCCUGCCACUUUACAGAUGUGGGCCAAUAUCUUGAAACGUGUCCCAAACAGUGUCUUGUGGCUGCUGCGUUUCCCAGCUGUGGGAGAACCAAAUAUUCAACAGUAUGCACAGAACAUGGGCCUCCCCCAGAACCGCAUCAUCUUCUCUCCAGUUGCUCCCAAAGAAGAACAUGUGAGGAGGGGCCAGCUGGCUGAUGUCUGUCUAGACACCCCCCUUUGUAAUGGCCACACCACAGGAAUGGAUGUCCUCUGGGCUGGGACUCCCAUGGUUACUAUGCCAGGAGAAACUCUUGCUUCACGUGUGGCUGCCUCCCAGCUUACUUGCCUUGGCUGUCCUGAGCUCAUUGCAAAGAGUAGACAAGAAUACGAAGACGUUGCUGUGAAACUGGGAACUGAUCUAGAAUACUUGAAGAAAAUACGUGGCAAGGUGUGGAAGCAGAGAAUAUCCAGUCCCCUGUUCAACACGAAGCAGUACACGAUGGAAUUGGAGCGGCUUUAUCUUCAGAUGUGGGAUCACUGUGCAGCCGGCAACAAACCAGACCACAUCAUUAAAGCCAUAGAAAGUGGUGAAUCUGCUUAAAGAACUGAAACCAUGAAAGAAUCCUACAGGAAAGGCCUCCGAUUCCUAAGCAGAGGCAAUGAGAUGGCCUUGAGCAGAGCCAAGGACUCCAUCUCUGCUUCAUCGGCCUGGUACUCUAUAGCAGAUCUAAUCUCUGAUAGUAAUUGAAGAGCACAGCUGGACUCGUCUCCUGCAUGAUAGGCGGGGGAGAUGAGGAACUCUGUAUCCCAGGAAGAAUUUGCAGUUGAGCUGUGUGACCCUGCUGUGUGUCUGCAGGACCUGCUUUAGAGGGGGAAGGUGUGAAAUACCCAGGCAAUUGUGAUUUCAUGGAUUGAUUGUUUUCCUGUGAAUUAGAUUCUUUUCUCUUCCUACAUGGAUUUUGAAUUGGAGCUUUUUUAAUAUUUGGUUUCAGGUAUUCCUGUUGGUACAUAUGUGGGUCUCUUCUGACAAGAUUUUCAGCUACUGUGUGUUGCUAUACCCUGAGUUGUUUAUUCUGAGCUCUGCAGAAUGCAAGCUCAUCUCUGCUGCUGGUGAAGCUGUUUUUAUAGGUUUUAUAAACCACUUUAAGCCUACACCAGCCUCGCUACCACUUGACUUCUGUUGUGGGGGGCGCCUUUCUGUGCGGUAUUGGCUUAGAUGAGGAUUUUUAAAGCUUCAUCUAUAAAUUCAAGAUGGCAUCUCUUCUCUGCCGAAAAAAAUAAAUUCAGCUUGAAAUUUAGUGUCCCCACCCCUUCUCAAAGAACAUGGAGAAGACGCAGCCUGGUGCCAAAUGCAUAUCCUUCAGGAAUGGUGUUAAUGAUGUACAGAGGUGCAGGCCUAGCCACUGUAGCAAAGACUUCUUAAAAAAUAAAGCUUUGAUUUGUCCAGGUUGGCCGAUUGGA